AUGUCUAUCUCUGACGAAGAUGCGACAUGUGCCUUGACAAUGAACCAGAAAAUUGAAAAUAGCAUUGCAUACUCUGCUGAUGGACACAAGCUAGUCUAUCAUUUACCACAGCUGAUCAAGGAGCGAGCACAUGAGUUCUUGGUACAGGACCUUCUGGCGUACUUCAUAUAUGUGCCCCCUAAAGUCAAGAAAGGCAAGAAACAUUUGUAUAAAGGAAAGGGUCUCAAGGGAGACAUUGCCUUGAGCAGAGGCUGGCAUCAAAUUGGUCACUCUUCCUAUUACACACAGCAUGGACAUGUUGAAAAAUGGAACUGGCUUCAUGCAAUCUGCCCAGAUAUUGAAAUCACAAGACCUACUGGCUAUCCUCAGUUUUAUGCAAAUGCUGAAAAGCUUGUCAUCGGGGGGACUGCAUUUGGUUUUGGGAAUGGGAAGGGUACCUUGCACAUCUCUAUAUCCCACUUCACCCAUGCCUCAGUGUGGAGUAAGUAUGAGAUGGCAGAUGAAGCAGGUCUCAAAACAAGUGAACCAAGCACUCCCAAAUCUAAAGCGGGUAUCUUACAAAUCUAA